CAGAUGCACCCGGCUGCUGUCUGUUGUAGCAACCGAAUGCGACACCGGAGUGUGCUCAAUUUAUUUUUCAUUUCAGCUUAGAAGAAAGAUGUUUAAAGAAUAGUUAGAGUUUUAAAACGUUAAAAAAAGCGUAAUCAUUACUUUAAUGUAUUUAUUGAAUUUUAGUUGCGUUGUAAUAUCGCGACAACCAGCAGAGAAAAUUGUGAUAUCUUUGAAUUCCAAACGUUUGGCUCUUUGGGAAAAAAAUAUCUAAAUUUCUCGCAUUUUAAGAGUUUCUGGGAACCAAAAAAUAACAUGUCGUCCAUCAGCAGUCUGGUUCCUGCGCGGUUUCUCACCAUCAUAGCUCACCUUGUCAUAGUCAUCACAAUCUUCUGGUCCAGGGAUAAUAACGUGAAAGCAUGUCUACCUUUGGAGUUUACUCAGGAGCAGUAUGACACAGAAGACAGAAAGUUGGUUGUAGCUUUGUCAGUCACUCUUGGUCUGUUUGCUGUCGAGCUGGCAGGCUUCUUUUCAGGAGUCUCCAUGUUCAAUUCCAGCCAAGGUCUUCUGUCAACAGGAGCCCAUGCCAGUGCCUCUGUGGCCCUAUUGUUCUUUCUGUUUGAGCAGUGGGAGUGUGACAUCUACUGGUGGAUCUUUGCUAUUUGCAGUGUCUUGCCGGCUUUUGUGGAGAUUCUUCUGUUUAUUGCAGUUUUUGGACUGAAGAAAAAGCCGUUAUGAAGACGAGUUGCAGCAUAUGUUGAUUCACAUUGAAUGGAUGAACGUUUGCAUUUGUUGCUGCAACAAAGAAGCUACAGAAAUGUAGUCAUUAGAUUUCUUUAAAAAAGGGCGAACAUUGUUAGACGUUCUUCAGUAGACCCAGAGAACCUGUUUUUUUAUGUUUGUAUUUUUGUUCUCUUUUUAUACAUAUUUUUACUUAAGAAGUUAAAAGGCGUAUAUUUAUAGUAUGCUGUUCGUUUUGAAUAGUUACCAAAAAGUUUUUCUAAAAUUAAAAUAAAAAUGUUGUUAGUAGUCUAUUUGUUUGUCAUGUAAAACUUUUUAAUGCUAAAUCCUAAAUACAUUUAUACUUUUUUAAA